AUGAAUGUGAUACGAAAAGUCUACCGCAAGGUUACUUGCAAAAAGAAGCCCGAAAACAAUAAACUGAAAGAUGGUUUGGAUGAUCUUAAACAAGAAUUGGAUAUGGAUGAGCACAAAAUACCGCUUGAAGAGUUGUAUGCUCGACUUAACACUGACCCUGAAAAUGGAUUGAAAUCUGAAGAAGUUAAAAUUCGAUUAGAACGUGAUGGGCCUAACGCACUGACACUCCAAAAACGACACCAGAAUGGGUGA